UACUUUGAUGCUUAGUUGCACGAGGUAGCAUGCAGCUCGGAUUGGGUGGUGCACACAACAUUAACGUUCGCUCUGGAGAAUGAUUUGCUGUAUUUGUUAAUUCCUUAUGUUUAGUGUUCUGAGAUGUUAUAUAGGAAAGAUUUUUUAGUUGGAUCGUCAUCCAAUACCACAAUGGAAUCCCUGCAAGUUCCGAAUUGAGCCAUAUCAAUGCAAAGAGCGUUAAGUUGACAGCAGUCCAAGUCAACUUUCACCUCCUCAGUCACAUUAGAGAUAAAUUAUAGAGGACGGAAAUUGUAUUAAUUAUCCAGUCGUAUAAGGCGCAGAAUUAAUUGAAAUGGCUGACGAGGAAACCUAUAAAACAAUUCGGGUCGGCUCUAGGAAAAGUGAGUUAGCACUGAUUCAAACAAAAUAUGUUAUAAACUGUUUACAGAAGCUCUUUCCCAAUGUCUCGUACGAAAUACAUACAAUGACAACAGUUGGUGAUCGAGUACUGAACAAAUCUUUGCCGAAAAUCGGUGAGAAAUCCUUGUUUACUAAGGACUUAGAAGAUGCUUUACGCACUGGAGGCGUAGAUUUUGUCGUCCACUCGUUGAAAGAUCUACCGACGUCGUUGCCAACCGGGAUGGCCAUUGGUGCCGUACUAGAGCGUGAAGACCCUCGUGAUGCGCUGGUACUGAACGAAAAACAUCGAGGAAAAACUUUGACCACACUGCCGGCUGGUGCUGUUAUUGGCACCUCAUCUCUAAGAAGAUCAGCUCAAUUAGCAAGGACGUAUUCUCAUCUGAGCGUGUGUGACAUCCGUGGAAAUUUGAACACGCGCCUCGCAAAGUUGGAUGCGGAAAGCUCCAAAUUUGCAGGGAUUAUUUUGGCCCAAGCAGGCCUAUCAAGAAUGGGCUGGGAUAAGCGGAUUGAUCAAACAAUCGAGCCUACCGAAAUACUCUAUGCGGUGGGACAAGGAGCUUUAGCUGUUGAGUGUCGUUCCAAUGAUGAAUAUAUUCUUGAUAUGCUACACCAACUUUGUCACUUGGAGACUCAGUGUCGAAUUCUGGCUGAACGAAGCUUUUUAAAAACUUUGGGUGGAGGAUGCAGCGCACCGGUUGCUGUUUAUACAAGUUUGAAACGAAAACGGGAUUCAACAUUACUCAACAUAACUGGUGCUGUGUGGAGUCUGGAUGGUAAAACAGAGAUACGCGGGGAAGAUCGAUGUUCAUUUGAAUUGAAUAACGAUAAUGAAGUUGAUUCAGAGAACGGGAACACACUUCCUGUCAAAAAAUCUCGGGUUGAAGAGGAUGUUACCGACGAUGCUCUCACAGCAUGCUCGUUGGCUCAAAAAAAUGUUACUCAACAGCAACGUAAAAGUCCGGAAAUUGUAGAUGACUCUGAACCUGGAUGUUCACAAAUAAAAGAAAAACUCGAUUUCGACAAGUUUCUUGUUACCCACGGCGAAAUGUUCCAGAAGUGUCCUUUUUCGUCGGAAAAGGUAUAUCCAAUAGAAACAAAUGCAGUUAAGGAACAAGGGCAAGGAGAUGCGAAAAGUCUUACUAUCUGUCCUAGUAAUUCUUUUCCAGUUGGAGUUGAUUUUAUGGGCGACUGUCCAUAUGUCAGUACAGAACAAAAAGUAGAUAAAUCUGGUAGAGACGCAUUAAAAUGUCCGAUCAGUGGAAAGUGGGCUGGUGACAAACCAGCAGAACGAUCAUCACUUAAAGCAACAGGUCUGGAUAAAUGUCCAUUUUUAGUCCAACAAGCGAAGAUAUUUGAUUACAACGAAAAUCUUCAUCGCACUAUUGUGACUCCUACUUUGGAGGAUAGCAGUGAGAUACUUUUCUGUGGUAUGUUCCGUCACAAAAAUGUUCAACGGUCGAUUUUCGAAUCGGUUGAAAAGUUAGGGCAACGCUUAGCACAUUACCUGAUUUCGAAGGGUGCAUUGGAUAUAAUGAAAUGUGCUCAAAACGAAAUACACUCAAAGGUUUAGCAAUACUAUUUGUUCCUCAUUAGAUUAGAUGCAAGUUCCAUUGAAAAGGUGUUACGUUUGGUGGUGUAUGAAUUAUCAGGUGUUAGGGGACCAUUUUUGACAAUAAUUUGUGUAUUAGAAAAAUCUAUUUCUUUUUGAGAAUACAUCAUUGCUAUUAA